CUCGGCGCGGGCCGGUGACGCAGCAGGGGCGCGCCGGAAGCGGUGGGAUCGGGGCCGGGCGGCCCGUGGGGGAGGGGCGCGCCGCCGCCGCCAUGUGCCAGGCGCGGGAGGAGUACGGGGGCUGCCACCAGCCCCAGGGGCGGCCCCGCCUCAGCUGUGCGCAGAAGUGCAUGAAGUGCAAGGAGGCGUCUCCUGUGUUAGUCAUUCGUGUUGGAGAUGCCUUUUGCAAGGCCUGUUUCCGGGAGUAUUUUGUUCACAAGUUCCGUGCGAUGCUUGGGAAGAAUCGUGCCAUUUACCCAGGAGAGAAGGUUCUUCUUGCUUUAUCGGGCGGACCUGCCUCCAGCUCAAUGCUUCGACAAGUCCAAGAGGGGCUGAGUCGGGGGACAGCCAAGAAAUUGCGCUUUAUACCAGGCAUCAUCUACGUUGACGAGGGAGCCGUGUGCGGACAAAGCCUGGCUGAGAGAGAGGAGAUGCUGUUCCAGAUGGAGACCAUCCUGCAAGCCUCAGGGUUCCCUUAUCACCUGGCCCACCUAGAAGAGGUGUUUGACUUGCCCAGCUCUAUCCUGCAGCGUGUGCCCCACAAUCCCGCAGGCCCCAAGAACAGCUACAAGGAGGCUGUGGAGGGCUUCAUCCACCAGCAGAGGCAGGAGGAGGGCGGAGGCCCCUCUCUUCCUGCGAGGCAAAUCCAGGAGAAGCUUGCCGAGUUCUGCAUGCAAGAUGUGCCCGGAACAGAGGGGCUGGCCACAGUCCGGACCGAGCAGCUGAUCCGGCUCUUUGAGUCCGUGAAGACUUUGACAGCUAAAGAAGAGCUGCAGCAGACCCUGCGCAACCACCUGAUCCUGCACACGGCCAGGGCCCAAGGGUACUCCAAGGUCAUGAUGGGAGACAGCUGCACCCGCCUGGCUGUCAAACUGCUGACCAACCUCUCCCUGGGGCGGGGAGCCUCCCUCGCCAUGGACACGGGCUUCUCGGACGAUCGCCAUGGCGAUGUGGUGGUGGUGCGGCCCAUGAGGGAGUAUGCGGCCAAGGAAAUUGCCUUCUACAACCACCUGUUUGGCGUUCCCACGGUCUUCACUCCUGCCUUGGACACCAAGGCUCUGGAGAAGGCCAGCAUCCACCGGGUGAUCGAGCGCUUCCUCUACGGGCUGCAGGCAGAGUUCCCCUCAACCGUCAGCACCGUGUACCGGACGGGCGAGAAGCUGAGUGCGACCCCUGGAGAUGCCGGCCCUGCCGCGGGUGCUGCCGAGCCCGAGCACUGCCUCCUGUGUUUGUGUGCCCUGGACACUAAUGUGGAGGACGGCUCUGCUUUGCAAGCAAUCCUGGUCUCGGAGCAGCUCUCCCAGCAGAGGCUGCCAACUGCACCGCCUGCCGGGAGAGGGUGCUGCCAGGGGGCAGAGGAGCAGAGAGGGUGCUGCAUGAACAUGACAGCUCCAGGGGCUGACGCCCGGGCCGACUUCCUGCCCCUGCUCUGCUACGGCUGCAGACUGACCAUCAAGGACACGACCUGCCUGGAGAGCCUCCCGCUCUACGUCCGCUCGGAGGCAGAGCGCAGGAAACGCAGGGCCGCGAUGAAGCUGGAAAUCCAGGAGUUCUUGCUGGAAGAUGAAGCUGUGAAUCCGGGUGAGAGCUGACAGGUGGGCAGGGCUCCCUCCUCUGGACCACGCUCCCGAAGAGCUCUACUCUGUCCUGGCUGUGGGGGCCCCAGGAGAAGCACACCUGCCAGAGAGCAAAUGGGGCCUGGGCCCAGCCCCCUCCAGCCUGGUCUUGAGAUCACCGGGGCCCUGCUGCAGGGCAUCCGGCCUGCCUUUGUUUCCAAGGUGCUGGGCCCAGCUCUUGUUCACUGUCUGCCUCCGCCGCGGGGGAGAGGAGAGGAGAGGAGACACCUCCCAACUGCCCUCCUUUUAAUGACUAUUUCAAAGAGGAAUACGUUAUUUUGCACCCCUGGACAUACAGCUGGAUUGAGGCCCUGGGGCGACUCCCCAAUCUUGAGCGGGUGAGGCCAGGCUGAGUCAGGCCCUCAGACUGUGCCAGCCCCCAGUGGAGCACCCAGCCGGGAGGAGGCAGCUUCACGCCCCGCCUGGGCAGGAAGAUGGAGUCAGUCAGUCACACUAGCAGGCCUUGGCUUGGCUUUUAUUAGAGAUCUAUAUAAAUAAACCAUUUGAAUUUUUAAAAAAAUCUACAGUCCAGCUGGAGGGAGCCCAGCCCUCGCCCCCGGGAGUGGUUG